GCUCAUUUCGAAUCCCACAACGCUGAACACGAUACGGUAACAGGAAAAGUGCGCGUCGUUUUUGGUGCACCCUGUGUAUGUGCGCGCGAGACUACGCGAGCGCGCAUAAAACCGCGAUGCAGCCACGCUCCGAACCAAUCGCACGCAAACUUGCACGCCGCUCGUUGACAUACAAAAUGAAUAUAUUACUUACGACGUUGGCUAUCCUAGCGAUCGGGACUACCGCCGAAUCGAACAGCAAAGCGCGCACAGUAUGCUACUUCACCAACUGGGCUGUGUACAGGCCCGGCGUGGGCAGGUACGGCAUCGAGGACAUUCCGGUGGACCUGUGCACCCACAUCAUCUACUCGUUCAUUGGCGUCACUGAGAACACCAGCGAGGUGCUCAUCCUCGACCAAGAGUUGGAUGUCAACAAGUGUGGUUUCAAGAAUUUCACAGCGUUGCGGUCUUGCCACCCCAACGUCAAAUUCAUGGUCGCGGUGGGCGGAUGGGGCGAAGGCGGCUCCAAGUACUCCAAAAUGGUCUCCAAGAAUAACACCAGAACAGCCUUCGUCAGAAGCGUUGUUGAUUUCCUGAAGAAAUACGAUUUCGACGGGCUCGACCUGGACUGGGAGUACCCUGGUGCCAUCGACCGCGGUGGCUCCUCCUCCGACAAAGACAACUUCCUGUGCCUGGUGCGAGAGCUGAGGAGGGCCUUCAUCAGAGCCGGGAAAGGCUGGGAGUUGACUGCUGCCGUGCCACUUUCGAGCUCCAGACUGAACGAGGGAUACCACGUGCCGGAGCUUUGCCAGGAACUGGAUGCGGUCCACGUGAUGUCGUACGAUUUGCGUGGCAACAGCGAUGGUUUCGCCGAUGUACACUCUCCCUUAUACAGACGCCCUCAUGACAAAGGGGCCUACAAGAAACUGAAUGUUACAAAAAUGUUAGCAAAUGAUUGUGAAUUUUGUACUAAUUGUAAAGAAAAAAUUAUUCGAGACAGGCUAGUUUUCGGUACAACUGACACAGAUUCGCAAAAUCAACUUAUAAAAAAAGGCGACCCUAACUUGGACGAUGUUGUUAGAAUGCUAAUAAUAACAGGAUUGAGUGAAGAUCACAUUCGUGACAUCAGAAAGUCUGAAGUAAAAACUGUUUCUACAAACUUUAAAGAAACACAGAAUAAAAGACAAAAGCAAUCUUGUCUCAGAUGUGGAUAUGAGCAUAAAUAUGGUCAGUGCCCAGCCUUUAACAAGACGUGUGCAAAAUGUCAAGGAUCAGAUGUUAAUAUUAUUCCAAUCAAACUCUUUAAGCAAAUAGCAGCAAGCUCGUCUUUUCCUUUGCAGUUAAACAAAAGUUCAGCUGUGCUAGAGAGCUGGAAUGGGUAUAAAACACCUAUUGAAGGUACUAUUAGACUAACCACAAAUUUAAAUGAAGGAAAAUUUUAAGAACUUUUUUGUAUUGUCGGUGGAGACUUGUCAGUGCCCAUUUUAUCCCGGGACACUUGUGUCAAAUUAAAUUUAGUAAAAAGAGUGGAAUCAUGUGAAAAGACAUAUGACUUUGAAAAAGAAAUGUUGAUAAAAAAUAACAAGGAUUUAUUCACUGGCAUUGGUAAGAUUGAAAAACCAUAUGAUUUAAAAUUAAAAAAGAACUCUGUUCCAUCUUCGAAAACCCCAUAUAGAGUGCCAUUAAAAUUAGGCCUCAGUUAAAAGCUGAACUAGAUAGAUUAACAAACUUGGGUAUAAUUUCAAAAGUUGAUGAACCCUCAGAUUGGGUAAAUAGGCUAGUAAUAGUUGAAAAACCAAAUGGUACUAUUCAUUUAUGCUUAGACCCUAAAGAUUUAAAUAAAUGUAUAGUAAAGGAUUAUUGUUCAAUCCCAACUGUUUCGGAAUUGUCAGUUAAAAUUCAGAAAGCUAAAUAUUUUUCGGUAUUAGACCUAAAAGAUUCAUUUUUUCACAUAGUACUAACAGAAAACAGUUCUAAAUAUUGCACAUUUUCUAGUAUAUUUGGCACAUACAAAUUUAAUAGAUUACCUUUUGGUAUAGCCGUAGCAUCUGAAGUAUUUCAAAAAUAUUUAUCUGAAUUUUUUUCCGAUAUUGAAGGGGUUAUAAAUUACAUAGACGAUACACUUAUCUUUGCAAGUACUGAGGAGGAAAUGAAUUUGAUUUUAGAUAAAGUUUUUUCACAAGCUAGAAAAUUUUAA